AUGAAGAGCUUAACGUCGGAUAUGAUCUCAAAAGUAGCGAGCAGCACUUACCAACAGUUCGACUCGUGGAUGCAACGAGCUCGAAAAUCGACUGAUUACAUCUUGCCGUCGGAAGUCUGCGUCAUGAUUAACGUCAUAUUCAGCUCCAAAACCAGGGCAACGAAAAUGUCCGUUGAUGCUGGAGAGCUCAAAUAUCAAUCGAAGUUGGAUGAAACCCUGGACACAAUGCUUUCGGACAUGGAAACGUGUAUCCAAGAUCGAUUGAUUGGUGUACUGGAGUUC